UUGCUACUUCACUUUGGAAGAUCGUUUUUGCUGUAGUUCUGCCAAAAAUAAAAAUGACACAAUUUACAAUACAAAUCCUUUCCUUUAGCGGCUAAUAAUCCGUGCCAGAUUGAUCCCCUGCGGAUUUGUCUCUGUUUUUGUCAGCCAUCGCCAACAUGCUCACUUAUAAACAAGUAGUUAAGUGGACUUUUACUCUAGCUUUCCUGAUAAACUUUGACCACACGGCAGGCUCCUCGUUUACUAUCACAGUGGAUGUCGAGAAGCCGCUUGGAGAAUUGAAACACUUUUGGACCAGUACUGGUUUUUGCCCCCCUCUCCCCCACACCGAGGCCCACCGGUUUGUCCUCAGCAGAGACCAGGAACUGAACCUGGCCUAUGUGGGGUCGGUUCCCCACGGAGGGAUCCAGCAGGUCCGCAUCCACUGGAUGCUGGAGCUAGUAACGAUACAAUAUGGUGAAGGAGGAACACGGUACAACUUCACAAAGCUAGAUCAGCUGAUUGAGCUCUUGUGGAUCAACGGACUGAGACCAGGUUUUGAACUGAUGGGCAGCGCCUCCAACUUCUUCAGUGACCUGGAGGACAAGCAGCAGGUGGAGGAGUGGAGGAAGAUGGUGUACCUUGUUGCCAAGCGGUACAUCGACAAAUAUGGUCUCGGGGUCGUCUCCCAGUGGAACUUUGAAACAUGGAAUGAACCCAACAACCACGAUUUUGACAACGUCACGAUGUCCAUCCAAGGGUUCCUGAACUACUACGACGCCUGCUCGGAGGGCCUGCGGGCCGCCAGCCCGGCGCUGGGGUUCGGGGGCCCGGGGGACUCGUGCCACAGCCCCCCGCACUCGCCCUACUGCUGGGCCAUGCUGCAGCACUGCUACAACGGGACCAACUUCUUCACGGGCCAGACCGGUGUCCGUCUGGACUACAUCGCCCUGCACAAGAAGGGAGGGGGGUUCUCCCUACCCAUCCUGCAGCAGGAGGUGCAGACCAUGCAGGAGAUCCAGGACCGCUUCCCCCUGUUCCGGAGCCUCGCCGUCUACAACGACGAGGCGGACCCCAUGGUGGGCUGGUCCAGGCCCCUGCCGUGGAGGGCGGACGUCACCUACGCCGCCAUGGUGGUCAAGGUGAUCGCUCAGCACCAGGCCCUGGUGUCCCUCGGGGCGGCCGGCGGCAGCGGCAUCAACUACACCCUGCUGAGCAACGACAACGCCUUCCUCAGCUACCACCCGUACCCCUUCACCCAGCGCACCCUGACCGCCCGCUUCCAGGUCAACAACACCCAGCCGCCCCACGUCCAGCUGGUCCGGAAGCCCGUCCUGACCGUCAUGGGCCUGCUGGCUCUAAUAGGAGACGUCGAGGUCCAAGCUGAGGUGGUGGACUCGGGGAGGGUGCUGAACGGCAGCAUGCUGGGGGUCCUGGCCAGCUCCCAGAGGCCCCGGGUCCCAGGGACCUCUGACAGCUGGCAGGCGGCUGUGCUGAUCUACAACAGCAACGACAGCAGCUCCUCGGCCAGCACUCAGCGUGCAACCCUGACUCUAAAGGGACUGGCAGCACAAAAAGACCUGGUCUACGUCACAUAUUCCCUGGACAACAACGUCACCAACCCCCAGCAGUUGUGGCGGGCCAUGGGCAGCCCCAACUUCCCCACAGCCCAGCAGUUCCAGCAGCUCAGGGCUGCAGAGGACCCCCAUGUUGAGGGGCCCUGGCCGGUGCCUGCAGGGGACACUCUGACCCUGGAUCUGAAGCUGUCCCUGCCCUCCGUCCUCCUGGUCCACGUGUGUGCCAAGCCCAGGGCAGUGCCCGAUCAGGUCAAUGGAUUGCGCUUCAUCAGGAUCACCAAAGGCCAAGUCCUGAUUGUCUGGUCCGACCACUGUGUGGAUUCUAAGUGCCUCCUGACAUUUGAAGUGGAAUUCUCCAGGGAUGGCGAGGACUUCCAUCGCAUCAACGACCGGCACUCUAUUUUUACAUCCUACGUCUACUCGCCAGUUGACCAGGAGGUGAGGGGGGUCUACAGGGUCCGGGCCCUGGACUACUGGGGACGACCGGGGUCCUACUCUCUGGCCGAACCGUACUCACAGGACCACUAGUGUGUGUGUGUGUGUGUGUGUGUGUGUGUGUGUGUGUGUGUGUGUGUGUGUGUGUG